AUGGCGUUCAUGGUGAAGAGCAUGGUGGGGGGGCAGCUGAAGAACCUGACGGGUGGCCUGGGAGGCGAGGAGAAGAGCGAGAGCGAGAAAUCUCCAGCCGAGGCGCAGGGCAUGACCCGCGAGGAGUACGAGGAAUAUCAGCGGCAGCUGGUGGAGGAGAAGAUGGAGAGAGAUGCCCAAUUUGCCCAGCGCAAGGCAGAGAGAGCCACAUUCAGGUCCCACUUCCGAGACAAGUACAGACUCCCCAAGAAUGAAACGGAUGACAACCAGAUCCAGCUGGUGGGAGGCGACGUGGAGCUGCCCAAAGAGCUGGCCAAGAUGAUCGAGCAGGACAACGAGGAGGAGGAAGAGAAGAACUCGGUCAUCGGCCAGCUCAGCAACAUCCAGAACCUGGACCUUGAUUCCUUGAAAGACAAAGCUUCGGCCACGCUAGAGGACCUGAAGCAGUCGGCUGAGAAAUGUGCCGUGAUGUGA